AUGGUCAAGGCAGUCUCGCUCCUGACAAGCGCCGUUUUGGCCUUGUCGAGCCUCACUUUUCAUGUCAGGGCUGACUGCGAGUGCGGCUACUUGGAUCCCUCCACGAAUCACCUCUGGACCGAUGCAGCGUUCAGCUACUUCAACGAGACCGGUUUGGACGAUGUGGUCAUGAACCCGGCCAAGUCGCCCAAGAUCCAAGGCGCACAGAUCGCGGGUGACACGGGCGAAGGCCAGCAGACCUGGUCAGCAGUCGGCGAUCACAUCAACCCCUACGAGGAGUCAUUCGGGGCUACCUACCUCAGUGCGGUCAGCUACAACAACACCUACAUUGACAACCGCACCGAAGGAAUCGCCAUGCAGGUGUCCGUUGCAGACCAGACCAAGCACAUUGUCAACGGUUCGAGUAUCGUCACCCGACGUCGCGAUAUCCUCUACGGUUCGUUCCGCGCCAGUAUCAAGCCUCCGUUCAUCAACAACACUCCGGGCUUUGACCACGGCUACGGAUCCGGCUUCAAGUUUGCCGUCUCGUACAAUGACUCGGAAAACAUGUAUGUCAGCAUACUCACCAACGACUUCAUGCCCAACUCGACACUCGGCUGGUCGCACUCGGCAGCUCGAUGGAACGACAAUCCGGUCAAGACCAACCUGACCUACUUCCACAACUUUACCCAGACCAACUCGACCAUCUUCCUCGAGCACCGCAUGGAGUGGCUCAACAACAGCGUGGUCCAGUACAAGAACAAUGCUGCCAACAAGUCGGUCACCUUCUACCAGUCCAAGAAGGGUAAGAAUACGAUCAACCUCCCGAGCACGCCGGCACCGGUCUCGUUACAGGCAUGGGCGAAUGGCGAGCCGUCGGCUUCCCAGGGACCGCCGAUGUACGAACCCAACGUCGUGCGGGUCAUGUACACGCGGUUCUUCUUCAACUCGUCGCGUCUCGAGCGGCACGACCAGUUUGUCUCACAGUGUGCUGCUGCCCAUUCGUCAGCUAAGGCAGUGUGCAGCACGGAAGAUCCUACACUGCGAGCGAGCACGCCGUUCGAUCUGGCUGCCGCUCAGCAGUACAAGCCUAAGAAGGUGAAGUUCCACGUACCCAUCUGGGCGGUGGUCGUCGAGCUCUUCUUCCUGCUGGUGCUGGCGGUGACGCUCGUGCACGGUCUCUACAUCCGCAAAGUUAAGGAUACAGAGAAGAAGCGCAAGGCAGCAGCUGUCGCCCUCGCCAAGGAAGAGAAGAAGCAGGCAGCUCUGCUGCAAUACGACGAGGUUGACGAUCGCACCGACUCGCCUCGCUCCAAAGCUGCUGCCGACUUUGAGAAGCCGUACAAGCAAAUCUGGGCCGUUCCGGAGCUCAUGGACGAUUGGGGUUCCGACGACGAGAGCGACAUCGACGAGGACGACGAGCGCUUCUGGGAGUCGGUCGACGUGAUGCGAAGCGAGGACUACAAGGAGGACCGCGAAGCGGACCAGCCUGGUCUGCCCCAGUUCGAGGACGCCACUGCCAUGAAGCCUAGCGGGAGCACCGACAGUCUCGACAGCUUCAAGUUCCCUCUUCCGAACAACAACGCUUCUCCGCGUACCGAGGUGGGCGCUGAUUGGGUCUCGCACAGCCGCAACAACAGCGGUGGCAGCCGCGUUCCCGCUGCAAACCAGUUCAACCUGGUCAACCGUCCCAACUUCCCGCGUGAGACCUCCAACAUGCGCCAGCAGCUGGCGGACCGCUUGACCCGCCACAGCCCGUACAGCACGGGCAACAUGGGCGACGGUGGCGUCGGCAGCCUCCCUUGUUUCGAUGACUACGUCGAGGAGCUCGCCGACGCUGAAGCUGGCGAUCGCGGAAGCACCAAAAGCAGCAGCUACCCGCCUCAGAUCCCCGAUCUGAGCCGCUUCGACUCGUAUGAGUCGGACAUCCAGCUGCCCGCCAAUUCGCACGAUGCUGCACGUACCCAGAGAUACCUCCAGGACAGCAGCAGCAACGUCAGCCUGCCCUACAUCGCUCCCAAGUACGCGGCCUCCGGUGGUCUCCACUCUGCAGCCAACUCCGCCGCGUCGCUGCUCAACUACAGCGGCACGGGCGGCGGAAACAGCAACGGCGUCGGUGCAAGCCACGGCUACUCGUCGUCGGUCAACAUCAACUGGGAGACGGAGCCCAAGAUCAUCCAGUGGAACAAGCGUAAGAGCAUGGGCGUCGAUCUGCUGGUCGGCCAGCUUGCGCAGCCCGCCAUGGGUGACAGGAACGCCGCGCGUCGUCAGUCGACCGUGGUGCAUCCGGCACCCAACAAUGGCCACUCGUUCUUCACGGUCAUCUACCAGCGCGCCUACAACUUCUUCUUCAUCUCGGGUGAUGGCAUGAAGACCGCCUCGGGCGAUGCGCGUAUCGACUACCUCGACGGCAUGCGUGGUUUCGCGUGCCUGUUCGUCUCGCUGGGUCACUUUAUCCUGAUGUUCUGGAACGCCAUGGCCAACUUUUACGGACCGCACCACUACUACCAGUUUGAGUACUGGAUCCGCGUCAUCUUCGGGCCGAUUGUCAUCAACGCCGGCCUGGUGCUGGGCAUCUUCUUCCUGCUGCCGUCGCGUACCAUGGGGUCGCGCUACCUAGUCAAGGGCGGUGUGCAGUCACUCGCGGACAACUCGGUGCGUCGUAUGCCGCGUCUCAUCAUCCCUGCUGCGGGCGCCUGCCUCUCCAACUACUUGAUGAUCGACGUCGGCGCGUACAAGUGGGUUCCUCGCAUGAACUCGCUCACGUGGUCCACGUGGUCGUACUACCAGAACUACAACAAUUCGAUUGACUUCGUCAACACCUUUAUCGCGCUAUGGUGGGCCGGGCCGCCGGACCAGCCGGCACUGGUCACGCGCUAUGCGACCGGUGUACUGUGGACCAUCCCCGUGAUUGUGCAGGGCGCUUGGACGUGUAUGCUGUGUGCGGUGUUUGCGCACGAGAUCAAAACGACCUGGAAGCGGUUUGGGUUCUACGGCAUGUGUAUUCUGCUCUCGUGGUAUGCGCAGACGUGGGAUCUGUUCUUCAUGGCAGGGCUGGUGAUUGCAGAUCUGGACAUCAACCUCAAGUACCGCAGGUGGGGCGAGAUGGGUAUCCCUCUUCUGCCAAAAGGGUAUGCUAAGCUGCUUCGUAUCCCGGAACGCAUCCGCCAAAAGUUUGCGCUCAAGGGCAAGGUCAUUGCAUGGGCAUUCUUCUUGGCCUGCUGCGUGCAGGAGUGGCUCUCGUACAUCCCCGGUGCCCCCGCCGAAGACUUUGACGUCUGGGAUGUCGGCGUCCACCCAAACUUCUACAACUCGCGCCCCAACAAGUGGAACAACGACCUAGGCUACAAGUACCAACGCCCGCGCUCCUCGGCCUGGUUUUUCGUCAUGAGCAUCUUUAUCCUCGCCGACCAUUCGGCCGCCUUCCGCCAGCUCUUCCGCCUCCGCGUCUGGUCCUUCCUCGGCAAACAUUCCAUGGCCUACUUCCUGCUACACGGCAUCAUCUUCUGGACCUGGGGCGCCUGGCUCUCGGUCACCAUGCUCACUCGCGGCAUCAACUACUUCGCCACAAUCAUGGUCGUCUUUUUCACCAGCUACAUCUGGCUUACCCUCUUCUGCGUCUGCUUCACCUACACGUUCGAGUACUGGGGCAUCAUCGCUUCCAAGGCCUUCUGGCGCGCCACGUCCGGAAACCUCGGUCGGCGUGCCGGUGCUUAA